AUGGAAAAUAAUUUAGCGAUAUCUUUGAACAACGCUAAAGAUUAUCUAAAAAAGAAAAACGAGAAUGGCCAAUCUGUGUAUGAACAUAUUUGCGAUUUAAUUAAUUAUAUAAUUUUAGAAAAACCAGAUAAAUGUUAUGACAAUUUUGAAAUAAUAUCAACACAAGUAAAAGAAAAUAAAAAAUAUAUUUAUAAAAAUAAUAAUGGAAACUCAAAAACCACAUUAAAAGAAAUCGACCAAACGAAUUCUACAUUAGACAAUUAUAUAUUAAACGGUUAUAUAAAACAAAAAAAUGAAUGGAUGGAAAAGAUAAAGAAAAUAAUUGGGGAAAUAAAAUACACAGAAAAAUACAGUGAAGAAAACAUAAAUAUUAAACCAACAAAAUUGCCAUUUUCAAUAAAUUUAUUUCAUCAAAUAGAAUUAAUAAAAUGGGCUGGUUAUCAAAUAAAUACCAGUCUAAUAUUUUAUAUCGAAAAUUCUAUAAAAAAUAUUCUAAAAAAAAAUAAAAAUUCAUUAAUAUCUUUAAACUUUUGGGGAAUCCUAAAAGGAAUAAAUAACGAUUACUAUAUUUUAGAAGGACAACUUAAAAAUUAUAAAAAACCUUUAUCUACUUUUAAUAAAAAAAAAAAAAAAAAAAACAGCCAAAGUUCUACAAGUUCUAAAAAAUCGCCUGACUCAGUCAGCUCAAAUGAAUCAACAAAUUCAAAUUUGUCUACUAUAUCAACCACUUCAAACACUUCAGAAAGUUAUAAUAGUGAUGACCAAAAAGGCCCAAAUAAAUCAGAAAAAAAUAAUAUGAAUACAAACAAUGUAACAUAUUUAUACACAAAAGAAGAAUAUCAAAAUUUUAAUAAAAAAAUAAAUAAAUAUGUUUAUUGGGUUUCAAUUAAUGGUACUGAUAAAUGGAUUUUGUUAAAACCAACUACUCCAGAAUAUAUAGAAAAAACGAGCAAAACUAACAAAAUGCUAACUGGAAAUAUUAAUCAUAUUAUUACAUCUUUCCCAAAUAUUCAAAUAAAAGAAAAACAUUACUUAAGAGCCCUUAUUUCAAUCAUUUCAUCUUAUACAUGUAUAUCACCAAAAAAUUAUUUUAUUCUUAAAACACAAGAAAAUACAGAAAAAAUUGAACAAACAGACAACGAAGAAAACGAAAUUCAUAAAGAAAAUACUCAAUCUAGUGUUGCCACUGAUGAAUCAGAAGAAAGUAAGAAUGACGAUAAUAAUUCGGAUCCUAUUAUAAAUUAUAAAUUUGAAUAUGAUAUAAAUCUACUUUCAAAUAUCACGAAUUGGGUAUAUUCUAGACAUCAUUUUUUGCAAAAUGGACAUAUCAUGUAUCCAAAAAUUAAAUCAAAAAAAGAAAAAGAUGAUAAAAAUUAUAAACAACUUUUAAAUUUAAUUAAACAAUCACCUCCUUUAAAAAUACUUAGAAAAAUUAAAUCACAAAAAAAUAACCAAACAAAUAUAUAUACAUGGAAAAUUAAGCAUCUUAAUUAUGGAUAUUCAUAUGGAAUAAACAAUAAUCACUAUGAUAUAAUUAUAAUUUACAAUUUUGUAUUUUACGGUGCUUUUACAAUAUACUAUAAUAAACAAUAUUUUAAUUUUUAUAUAGGAACUGGUAUUAAAUCAAAACAUGCUUUUAUACAUACUUAUCAACCAGACAAAAUAUAUUCAGAUAAUAGUGAAUUAUCCGAACAAGAUCAAAUAGAAUAA